AUGCGAGUGAACAGAAUCCGUCAGAUAUUCGCUGCGGCGCGUCACUUUCUUUCUUCCUGCACUCAUCUCCCAACAUGUCUGGCUCGCACCCGUAUCGCCGCCCCGCAGCGCAGGAGCAGGAGGCAGGUCCGAGCUCGGCCCCCUCCGAUUCAUCCUCGUCGUCACACGCGCCGCGGACGCGUACGAAAGCACAUAAGCGGAUCAGGUGAGCGUGCUCCCCCGCAACGUCCCCCUCGCAAGACGUGCUCACCGACGCGAAGGGGGGAGAUCGCCUGUGCGGAAUGUCGAAGACUCAAGGUCAAGUGCGACAGGACCAUCCCCUGCAGUACCUGCGUGAAGCGGGGAUGUGCUGCGCUCUGUCCGAAUGGAACGAUACCUCCCGGAGAGGGUAGCAGAUUUGUCCUAGCCGCCACAGAACACCUCGAGCAUCGCCGCGCGACCAUGGAAGCGCGCAUGCACGCCCUGGAGGACGCGCUCGCCAUCUUACACUCGACACAAUCCGAUGAUACCCACCCCCUCCUGCUCGAAUCCCUGGAGGAGGAGCCCUUUGAACCGUCGCCAGAAGACCUGGCUGCGGACCAGGAAGACUCAGGUACACCAGCAGAGGAAGCGCUACCCACUCGCUCUGUCGGCGCCCUACACAUGGACGAAUUAGGUUCCUCCCGUUUCUAUGGCCCAUCAGGCGGCUCAGAGGAUCUUGACGUCCUUUCCACACGAGCCGCACCGCAGGAAUUGGAUCCCACCUACCUCGGCCCCGAAAUCAACAAUGCCUACAACUCCUUCCCCUUCACGCCUCCCGGAAUGGCCGUCUCCGCCGUGCAGAGCGCUAUCGAGUCAUUCCUGCCGUCUGUCGAGCGCGCGGUGACCCUGAUCGACACGAUGCUCGAGCAUUUAUCCUGGAUGUUCCGAAUCGUCUCGCGGGCAGAGAUCAUGAACACCGUUCUUCCAGCCGUCUACAAGCAAGACAGCUCUUUGUCAUAUGGCCCCCACGAGCUAUCCCUUUUGCUCAGUGUCCUCGCGCUGGGCGCGCUCGUCGAUCUGAAUCAGGGGCCAUAUAAUUUGGAGGCGCAGCACUACUACCACCUCACCCGCGCCGCUAUCACCUUGCAGCCGGUCCUCACCGAUCAGUCCAUGGCGACAGUCAAGACGCUCCACCUCAUGAGUCUUUACAACGGAAUGAGUGGUCAAGAAAGCGCGCUCGAGCCGACCUACAACCUACUCAGCAUGGCGGGUCAGGCGGCCCUUCCUUACACGCAUGGAGCAGACAUCGACCCAUCGAUGUGGCAAUUUACUGGGCAGGAAGCAUACGAGCGCCGUGCCUACUUCUGGAACUUGCUCGCGGCGAUUAUGUGGCAGAGCCUCGUGACGGGACGCCCGCCCAUAAUUCUCUCCACCUUUAUCGAUUGUCGUAUACCGACGUCAGAAGAGGAAGAGCUGUACCAAGAAGGCGAAGUGCCUGUCGGCUUCGGUGUAUGGGGAUAUCGAGCGAGCGUCGCCUGCCUCGUCCCUCUGGUCUUGACGACGCUCUCAACCAACACCCCCUCUUACGCCAAAAUCCUCGAGGUCGACAAGCAAAUUCGCGAUUUCUUUGGCGUCGCCCGCGACAGUACCGCGGAAUCCGAGCGCACCUCCGCCGCGAUGCGCGUCUUCGUACGUUCCCACUACGAGGAUCUGAUGAUGCUCUUUCUGCACCGCGGAUGCUUCGCGGAGGCGAUGGCGUACCCCAACCCGCUGCGCAGCCCUUAUGCGCCAUCGGUACAAGCCGCGUACAAGAGCGCUUGUAUCGUCCUCGCCGACACGCAGGAACACUACGCGAAGAAUCCUAUGCUGCUCUCACGGGUCUGGCGCAUAUGGUCCAACGCCUUCUCUGCUGCGGUCGUGGUCGGCACCGUCGCCCGCAAAGGAGUCCAGCUCUCGGGCAUGCCAGACCCGUUCGAGCAGCUGGACAGCGCAGUCGAGCUGUUCAGGAAGGCGUCCGGGAGCAGUAGUCGCGCGGAGCGUGGGCUGGUGAGUUCAUCAAUGAUUUCUCCGGCUUCGUGUAUUCAAUGCCUUUCAUUUAGCCCGUACUGGAAAUUAUGCGCCAGAAAGCCUUGCAGGCGAAGGACGCCGCGUCGCAGCCAGCGACACUCCCAUCGGAGGGACCCGACCCCCUGUCUGUCUUCGGCGGACAGUCGCGCUAUGUGA